AUGACUACAGUGUCUGUGGAUUUUUUGCAGCAGAUUACUCUUCUCGACCCGAUGAAUAGGAAGCAAACUAUCACAGAGUUAAAGAAGGUCCUCACGAAGCCAUUGCUAAUUUCUGAUUUUAAGAAAAUUUGGAAGGCUCUCUAUUAUGCUAUGUGGAGUUCUGACAAGUAUCAAAAUCAAUAGAUUCUUGCAACUGAAAUUUCAUAACUCACAAGAAUGUUCUACUCUAAUUUCACUGCAUUCAUCCAAUUCUCUAGAGCCAUGUUCCAUGUGUUCAUGCUUGAAUGGGAAAAGAUUGAUUACUGGCGAAUUAAUAAAUUUAUGCUGCUAUUCAGGGAAAUCAUAGAAGAACAAAUCAAAAUAUGCAAGCAUUUCAACUGGAAGACAGUUCCCCAACUAAUUGCCCUUUACAACGAGACUGUCUUGAAUCUUACCGAAUUCCAGACAGUAUAGGGAGCUGCAUUGCACUUCAUCCAAAUAUUCGUGUAGUGUAUGGCUAAACACAUGAGUGAUUCCACUGUUAGUUACGUUCAGGUUAAGGAACUUCUUGAAGGGUUCCUAGACAUUCUUAAACACAGUCCAAACAAGACUUUGAGGGAUAAAACCAUUCAAUAUGUCUACGAGUACAUAGAGGAGAGACAAGCUUAAGAAUCUUAUUUGCCUGCCUUCGACUCUAAGAAAUAUGGGAAUUAUGUCUUCAAGUUGGCAUCAUCAGAGAAUGUCAAUCCUUAGAAUAGGAAGGCUCUUUAUAGAGUGGCUGAGAUUUUUAAUUUUACAGAGGCAGAGGAGGAAUCACCUAAAAUUGAAGUGGAGGAAGUUCCGAAGAAGAAAAAGUAAAAAAAAAUAUAAGAAAAUCAAUAAAAGCAAAAACCAUAAGAAAAAAAAUAAUUUGAAGAAAAUCAUGUAUAAUAAUAAUAAAAUGAAGAACAACAAUUCAAUUAGUAAGAAGAAUAAGAGGAAUAAGAAGUAGAACAAGUGAUUUAGGUACCUUAAAAAGUUUAAAAAAAAAAUGGAAAAGAAAAAGUAGCAAAGGAAAAGGAGUCAUAAUAACAACAAAAUACAAAAGCCAAAUAAAAGGAAGAGAAAGCCAUUCUGAAAUUACAUAAGAAAUAAGAAGAACAAAUCAAUUCACAUUAUAUGCAAGACAGUCCCAUUCAAGAUGAAGAUGAAACCAUAGAAGGUGAUGAUUAUAGCGAAGUUAGAAAGAAUCCAAGCAAAUUGAAAACCCUGAAGGAUAUCAUGAACUCUGUUCCUGUGUAUUUGUUUAUGAAUCCAGCUGAGAAACGCAAAUACUUUAAGUCUAUCAAUAGUAGAUUUUAGGAGGCUUUGCAAAAAGAAAAAGGAACUCAUUGCACACACAACAAGAGUGUCCACUUUGACUUAGCAAGAAACAAAGUGAAAACUUUCAAAUAAACAGACAAUGUGCUCAGAAUUUCUAAGUCAUGA